GGCUUUCGGAAUCUUGACCACACCGGUAGAAUCCUGUUCCUACCAGACCUUCAAGCUUCAAGCUUCAGGCAGCGCUGCUCCUCGUAGCACAUACGCGUCAUCGCAGGUCUUGCUGCUUGAGGCGUUUCGCCUGCUUUAAUCCGCGUUGUUUUUAAGUGCCCGUUACAUCUCCAAGAAUAUCCUCUCACUCGAAUCAUCCCCUUCCUUCACGGAAAGUUGCUUGCGACAUUUAUUUCACCUAGACAGAUUCGAGUCGUUUGCGGAGAGAUCAUCGCGCAUAUACACGUACUCGCAUACACCGACGCACACGGUUACACUCGAGCCUUGCUGUUCGCACCAGGAGUAGCAUCGCUUACUGUAUCGCCAUGGACAUCAAUACCACGAUAUGGGUUCCCGCUUCAUCGGAGAAAAGAGAGAAGAAGGCACUUCUCCUUCACGAGCUCACGUGCAGUGCGCAAAGUUGGCACGCGAUCGCGCGCGAACUCGUCCAGCGUGAUUACACAGUUCUCGCACCAGACCUUCCAGGUCACGGUCUUGGACCCCGCCUCGACUAUUAUGCGAUAUCAGAGAUCGAGCGCGUCGUACGGCAUCAUCUCACGUUCGACCUUACGCUUGUGAUUGGUCAUGGCUUCGGUGCCCUUGUCUUGCUCGCACUCAUCCCCGCACUUAUCUCGCACCCACGCCCGCCACUGAUCGUUCUGAUCGACCCGCCACUCACGCUCGACAAGACUGCGAUAGCCGCUUACAAGACCAUGCUUGGCGUUCCCGGAGAAGCGACGUAUCCAAAAAAUUACGAGGAUGCGUGGCCCAGCUGGAAGCGGGAAGACAAGCUCGCGAAAGCGUAUGGUGAGAUGAGCUGUGAUCCUGAAAUGAUCCGCCAGCUAUUCUCUAAAUCCAAUUGGUCGUUCUCGUACCUCCUCUCCAUCGUCCCACGGAAUGUCCGACUCCGCAUUAUCCACGGUGACCCCGCUCUCGGUUCCUUGUUUGGACCCACCGACUACGCAUAUACACAGUUGGCUGGUAAGAGCGCGUGUCACACCUCACACUGGAUCGUGCAAGAGGACCCCGAUGCAAUCAUCGACGCCGUCAUGAACCUCGAGCACACUGGCUGUCGGGGACCAUCAUCCCCAGAGCCGGUCGCAUCGCUCUAACCCAGGGCCCUCUUUGCCUCGCGCUUGGGCUGGACGGCGCUGGGAGCAAAGGAGGGGUCAGGGGUUAAUAGGGGCCUCCGAAAAAACCGGACAUGUGCUGUGCGCAACGGAAGAACCCGACAGGCGCGACCGAGCCUGCCCGAACAUAUGGGGAUGGGCAACCACAGCUAGCUGGAGCAUGUGGGAAAAGUGUCUCGCUUACCCGAUUAGGGGCAUUCGCGGUGAGACUGCUUCGACAACAUUGAGUAGGCAGCAUUCAAAAAUCAACUCAUUCUCCAAGCGUGAAGCUACAAAGCCAGGGAUGGUACAGAUCGAAA